CCGUCCAUCUCGUCAGUGUUGAUCGGCUCGCUAUGGCGGAAGGACGCAGAGAACAGUCGCCUCAUCGCCUCUUCUCCACACCACCGGCCAGCAAGCGACCCUGCCUGCGCCCUGCUCCCCGGGGUCCCGGUCCGGGGUCGGGCCACAGCAGCGGCUUGCCCAGCUCCCGGUACCGUUCCCCGGAGUCUUUACUGGACUGCGCCGCGAAGGCAGUAGCGGAGAAGUGGGCCUUCGAAAGAGUGGAGGAGCGCUUUGAGCGGAUCCCGGAGCCCGUGCAGCGCCGCAUCGUUUACUGGUCUUUCCCCCGCAACGAAAAGGAGAUAUGCAUGUACUCAUCGUUUCAGUGCCGAGUUGCUGGCGAAGAGGGUCCGUCGGCGACUAUCGGCGGUUCCGGCUCCGGAGCUACGACCGCUGCCGCAGCCGCCGCCGCCGCUGCUGCUGGUGGAGGAUCUACCGCCGCUACGACUCCGGCUACCGCGGCAGCAGCCGGAGUGGUGGGCACCGGAGAUGGACUUCCAUUUCGCCGCGGAAUCAGGCUGCUUGAGACUGGCUGUGUGGAAAACGUUUUACAAGUCGGGUUUCACCUCAGCGGCACGGUCACUGAACCCACCACGUCGUCAGAGCCAGCAGUCACACACAAGGUGGCCAUCAGCUUCGACCGCUGCAAGAUCACUUCGGUCACCUGUGGAUGUGGGAACAGGGAUAUUUUCUACUGUGCACACGUGGUGGCGCUGUCUCUGUACCGGAUUCGCAAGCCUGAACAGGUGAAGCUGCGGCUGCCCAUCUCAGAGACGUUGUUCCAGAUGAACAGAGAUCAGCUGCAGAAGCUGGUCCAGUAUCUGAUCACAGCUCACCACACCGAGGUGCUGCCCACUGCUCAGAAACUGGCCGACGAGAUCCUGUCCUCCAACUCCGAGAUCAACCAGGUUCAUGGUGCACCAGACCCAACUGCAGGCGCCAGCAUUGAUGAUGACAACUGUUGGCAUCUGAACGAAGAUCAAGUCAGGGAGCAGGUCAAAGAGUUUCUAUCACAGGGAGGAUACUAUGGCUCUGGGAAACAGCUCAACUCCAUGUUUGCCAAGGUGCGGGAGAUGCUUCGAAUGAGAGACUCCAACGGCGCCCGGAUGCUGACGCUCAUCACGGAACAGUUUAUGGCGGACCCUCGGCUGUCGCUAUGGAGACAACAGGGCACGGGCAUGACUGACAAGUGUCGGCAGCUCUGGGAUGAACUGGGUGCAUUGUGGGUGUGCGUGGUUCUAAACCCCCACUGCAAAAGCGAAGAGAAGACCUGCUGGUUGAAGCAGCUGAAGAAAUGGGGAGACAUGGACAUCUGCCCGCUGGAGGACGGCAACUAUGGCAGCGAGCUGCCCAACAUUACUAAUGCUCUGCCGCAGAGCAACCUUGCCCAGGACUCUCUGGCCAGACCUAGAAGGACAGUGUUCAGCAGAGCUGUCGAGGCCUGUGACCUGCACUGGCAGGACAGUCACCUGCAGAGGAUCAUCAGCAGCGACUUCUACAUGUCUCCGUCCUACCAGAGAGAAGGAGAGAGUCUGCUCUUCAAUCCACAGGGCCUGCCUCUCUGGCUCGACCACGUCCCAACAGCGUGCGCUCGCGUUGACGCCUUGCGCUCCCACGGUUACUCCAGGGAAGCCCUGCGUUUGGCCGUGGCCAUCAUCAACACACUCCGCCUCCAACAGCAGAGGCAGAUGGACAUCUACAAACACCAAAAGAAAGAGCUUCUCCAGAGGGGCGUGACCUCCACCACCAACCUGGAAGGCUGGGUCGGUCACCCGUUAGACCCGAUUGGGUGUCUGUUUGUCACGCUCACUGAAACCUGCCGUGUGGACGACGACAACAGCAUGGACACUGGAGAAGGAGAACCCAGACCACCAGUCUACCACCACGUACCCGUGUGGGGAAGUCCUGACAGUGGGGAGUCGUACCUGACUCUAGCCAUAGAGGUGGCUCUGAUGGGGAUGGGCCAGCAGAGGAUAAUGCCCGAGGGCCUGUACACUCAGGAUAAGGUGUGUCGCAACGAGGAGCAGAUUGUCGCUAAACUUCAAGAACUAGAGCUGGAUGAUCUCCUGGUGCAGACUCUUCGGAAGCAGGCCAUACAGCUUCUAGAUGCUGGUCCGUUUAGUGGCUUAGGUGAAGUCAUCCACAGAGAGAGUGUUCCCAUGCACACCUUUGCCAAGUACCUCUUCUCCGCGCUGCUGCCACAUGACGCAGACCUGGCGUAUAAAGUGGCUCUCCGUGCAAUGAGGUUGCCUGUUUUGGAAUCAUCGGGAGGCUCCGGUGACGUAGGCCACCCUCACCAUGGCAUCUCCAUAGUUCCCAGUAGAUACCCACGCUGGUUCACACUGGGACACCUGGAGUCACAGCAGUGUGAGCUAGCCUCCACCAUGCUAACUGCUGCUAAAGGUGAUAUGUUGAGGUUGCGGACGGUGCUGGAGGCCAUCCAGAAAAACAUCCACUCUUCUUCCUUAAUUUUCAAACUGGCCCAGGAUGCCUUUAAGAUAGCCACACCGGCAGACAACUCACCUGACAUAACCCUACUCAACGUAGCACUGGAGCUCGGCCUGCAGGUAAUGAGGAUGACUCUGUCCACACUGAACUGGAGGCGGAGAGAGAUGGUUCGCUGGCUGGUCACCUGUGCCACUGAAGUUGGUCUUCGGGCUUUGGUUAGCAUCUUACAGAGCUGGUACACUCUCUUCACACCGACCGAGGCCACCAGCAUUGUGGCCGCCACCGUCAUGUCCCACAACACCAUCCUGCGCCUGAGCCCCGACUACCCUCAACACGAGGAGCUGGCCAGCUGUGCGAGGACCCUUGCCCUCCAGUGUGCCAUGAAGGACCCACAGAACUGUGCCCUGUCUGCUCUGACACUCUGCGAGAAGGACCACAUCGCCUUCGAGACAGCCUACCAGAUUGUGAUCGACGCAGCAUCUACGGGAAUGACAUAUUCUCAGCUCUUCACCAUUGCGAGGUACAUGGAGCACAGAGGAUACCCACUGCGGUCUUUCAAACUGGCCUCCCUCGCCAUGACCCAUCUUAACCUGGCUUACAACCAGGACACUCACCCAGCUAUUAAUGAUGUGCUCUGGGCCUGUGCGCUCAGCCACUCUUUGGGUAAAAAUGAGCUUGCAGCCAUUAUUCCCCUAGUGGUAAAGAGUGUGCACUGCGCCACGGUGCUGUCUGACAUCCUUAAGCGGUGCACGUUGACAGCACCUGGUCUCGCCGGCAUCCCUGGGAGAAGGAACUCUGGGAAGCUGAUGUCAACAGACAAGGCGCCAUUGCGGCAGCUCCUUGACGCCACAAUCUCGGCGUACAUCAACACCACGCACUCUCGACUGACACACAUCAGUCCGCGGCACUACGGAGAGUUCAUAGAGUUCCUGAGCAAAGCAAGGGUAACUUUCUUGCUGGCACAGGACGGCCACAUUCAGUUCGCCCAGUUCAUAGACAACCUGAAACAGAUCUACAAGGGCAAGAAGAAACUCAUGAUGUUGGUCAGGGAGCGCUUCGGCUGACCUUACACCUCCCUCACAAGAACACAGUCCUUGGGAAGUAGUUAAAUGUAUUUGUUUCUAUUUAAGUUUGUUUUUUUUCACCUUUGUUGAGCCAUUUGUUGACUAAGUCAUAAUUUUUUGUUUCUGUUUGGUUGAUUUGUUUUUUGAAUGUGAACCAGGAAGUGUUUGCAGUACACUGCUCGUCUUCAUUGAAAUUGCAAAAGGUGUAAAUGGCUCGAAACAUCAAAGAAACAACAGCAAACAAACACGUUCCCCUCUAAUUAAUAUAAAAUAUAUCUAUAAUCGAAAAAGGCAGAAGAUUGUGGGGACAAAAAAAGCAAAUAGAACUUUUGUAUUUCAGUGGCACAUGAUGACAUGAAAACCAAAUUAAUUUGAUGGCGGAGGUACAUACUUUGAGCCGGAAGACACUGUCAUGAUGGGGAUUAUGGAGAAAACGUGGUUUUUACAAUGGAAGGUUUGUGUCAUUCCAAACAAAGAAAAAAACACUGAGGAAAUCGCACAGUGUUGCUGUCAUACCUCAACUGUAUUAUUUGUCAGCUUUAACUUCUCUAUCAGAAACGGCCUCUUGUUUCAUUCAGGGCAUCUUAGAGUAGAGAGGGCAGAAUACAGAAAAGUACACAUGUGUAGCCUUUCUCUGUAGACAAAGACGUCAGCACCAACUGGACUAAAGCCAUUCUAGACUAGCUCCUGUCCUCCACACCUGCUGGUCAGUGCUUUCCCAUUAAUGCCGGGAUUAGAUUACAUGAUAUUUAUGUCAAUCACAGUGGUGCAGAGUCUUGCCGACACAAUAACACAAGUAUGACCCUGACCAAUCAUCGUUCAAGACACUGCGCAAGCUCAUAGGUCAUUGGGGAGAUGGGGCAAGGAGUUGUCAUUCAUGGCUACCGAAGUGUUGUUGUGCUAGUCCCUUGAGGAGAUGUCAAAGAGGCAGGGGUACUGUUGCCACAGCAAAGGAGCACGUCGUAGAUGUCCCAGACGCCAAAUGUCUGUUCUACAAUUAUGUUACGCUACAUGUCACAACCAAAUCGCUUGGAAAAAUCGGCCUGAAUUCAAGUAGUCUGAUCCUGGAGUAGCUUCAGAGGUAGAACUGUGUUGCUGAACAGAGAGCAUGUUCUCCAGUCCAGCCAUUAUUGACAUUAUUCAGGCUGCUCUCGACAAGGUAGAGUGAGUAGAGAUUCCACAUGCACAUAAAGUAUCUUCAGUGUCAUCCUAUAAGCUUAUUAAAAACAGUGAGAAAACAACUGUGAUGAACUGAGGGUGUCACACACAUAUUAUAUGCCCAUCUCUAGAGAUACCACUGCACUGCUGUCUGUUUGUAGCCAAAAGUCUGUACGACUGCAUCGAUUCCUUUCCACGUGCUAAAUCAAAAAUAAUUCAAUAAGCAAUAUAAGUCAAGUCUGCUUCAGUUUGUUUGCUUGUUUUUUUUAAAACUAUCCAGUGGCAUUAAUCUCAUCACGCUGUAUUCUGAUAAGAAGCCUGCUAAGAUGUUGGGACUGUGUUGACUUAAGGAACUUGUAAGGGUUAACUCUGCUUCUAACUAAAGCCCCUUUUCCAUUUUGAAGAACUUUAAUAGGAACUCAUGACUCCCCAUAAAGGUUUAAGAUGAAGUCUUUGUUCUUUCAGCUUUGGCAAGAACCCAGAACAUUAUCCUAUUUCAAAAUCUGGUUAUAUUUUUAGGUCUACAUUUUUGGGUCAUGCAACAAGGACUAUUUAUGUACAACAAAUAUUAGGACAGCCUGCUUUGAAUACACAGUUAGCCAAGUCAAACUUUUCUUAGCAGAACUAACCUUAAACCACUAAUGAGGGUGCACUAGUUAAUGUUUUCUAUUAGCAACAGAUGAAAUACUUAAACACUACUCAACUCAUCUAUAUAUAUAUAUACAUAUAUAUAUAUAUAUCUAU